UCCAACCUCAAUCCACGCAAUCCCCUCUCGAUGCCUCCGCCAAAUCCCCCCUACAUCUGCCUGGGCUGCAGAGCCCUCACUCGCCGCACCUUCUCCUCCUCCGCCCGCCGCCGCUCCCAGCUUGUCCGCCCGCCGACCGCGCCCAAACCCACCCCCGACGUGAAGCACAUCCGCAAAAACCCCGAGCUAUACGCCCAGAACUGUCGCGACCGCAACUACGCAGCCCACGCCCAACACCCCUCCACCAUCCAGCAAUUGUACGACGAGAUCGGCGAGAUCGACGUCAACCUUCGCGCCCCGCGGUCCCAGAUCAAGAAACUCGAGAAAGCCAUCGCGGAGAUCGCCGCCGCUCAAGCAAAGAACCCGGACGAUGCCACCACCCCCACCGAACCAAGCAUCUCCCAAUUGCGCGCCGAGGCGACCCAACUGAGAAACGAGUCCCAAGCCCAGCUCACGCGGCAACAGACCUGCGAUGAAGAGAUGCAGCGGCUGGCGCUCUCCCUGCCCAACCUGUCCUCGGCCGACACGCCCAUCGGCGACGCCCCGACCCUCAUCUCCUACCUCAACUUCGACCCGGCCUCCCCACUGCCCGCCUGGGCCUCCAACCCCGACCCGACGCGGUCGCACGUCCACAUCGGCACCACGCUGGGCCUCCUGGACUUCACCAGCUCGGCCACCACCACCGGGUGGGGCUGGUACUUCCUCACCAACGAGGGCGCGCUUCUGGAGCAGGCCCUCAUCCAGUACGCGCUGACCGUGGCGCGCCGCCACGGCUGGAAGCCCGUCUCCCCGCCCUCGAUCGUCUACUCGCACAUCGCCGACGCGUGCGGCUUCCAGCCCCGCGACCAGCACAACGAGCAGCAGAUCUUCACCCUCGAGCAAGCCGACAAGGACAAGGACAACGGCGCGAAACCCCAGCGCGCCCUCGCCGGCACCGCCGAGAUCCCGCUGGCCGCCAUGCACGCCGGCCGCACCUUCGACUCCGCCGACCUCCCGCUGAAACUGGUCGGCCCCAGCCGCUGCUACCGCGCCGAGGCCGGCUCCCGCGGCGUCGACACCAAGGGCCUGUACCGCGUCCACGAAUUCACCAAGGUUGAGAUGUUCGCGUGGGCCGACGCCAUCGUCGCCGACGGGUCGUCUUCAUCCGACGACCUCUUCACCGAGCUGCUGGCCAUCCAGACCGAGAUCCUGCACUCCCUGGGCCUGCCCGCCCGCGUCCUGGAGAUGCCCACCUUCGAUCUGGGCGCCAGUGCCAGCCGCAAGCGCGACAUCGAGGUCCUGUUCCCCUCGCGGCUGCGCAGUGCGGCCCCCGCCGAGGGGACUGUCGAUGGCACCGAUGCAACCGCAUCGCUUGAAUCCGCCUGGGGCGAGGUCACCUCCGCCUCGAUCUGCACGGACUACCAGAGCCGCCGCCUCGCGACCCGGGUGCGCGACGGCAAGGCCCAGAAGAACAAGGCCCCCACGCGGUUCGCGCACACCGUCAACGGCACCGCCAUGGCCGUCCCCCGCGUGUUGGCGGCAAUCCUGGAGCAUGGCUGGGACCCCAAGCGGGAGGUGGUGGUUGUGCCGGAGGUGCUACGGGGGUGGAUGGGCGGGAUCGAGGUCAUCGGGAAGCAGAAAUGAGCUUGCCUUCCGUCGGUUGGUAGGUACCUAAGCUAGUUACCCUCAGCCUUGGCUCAUGGUAUGGCUCUGGGAGCUGUGCAGUGAGAUCCCGGAGGUGAAUGCGAGGUGGAUGUAUGAUUAUGUUAUGUGUAUGUGUGUAUGUGUGUGUGUGUGUGUCUGUGUAUUGUGAGGACCCCUGUUCUCUCUCUCCUCUUUCAUAACUACACAGGAAGGAGUCCAUGCCCCAUGUAAAUUAUAUCACAAUGUACGAUAAAUGAAGCUUCGACGAGUGCGUGUGUCCCACUUAGCCAGUUCCGGUCGUGUACCUUAGACAUCUAGAUCCGAUAAGGAGAGCCAUCCUGCUACGGUCCACGCAAGAAC